AUGACUAGUGUAUGGUUUGAUGGUCCUGUGCAGGAUGCCAUUUCUCUUGUAGCCCAAAGAAAUUGCGUAUUUCUUGUGUAUAUACAUGAUGAUUCCGAAAAAACAAGUACUUUGAACGCUACUCUUAGUGAAUCUCACGUCAUCCAAACUAUCCAAGAACACGCUAUUGCUCUCUCUUUCGAGAAAUCUUCAGAAAAUGCUACUUUAUUUGGCCAAUUUUACCCUAUACAAACCGUACCUAUUCUCUAUUUUAUCAAACAGGGUACCAUCAGAGACUUUGGUAUCGAUACCAUUACCAGUGAUGAAAUCGUUGAAAAAAUUAUUCAGGUGAGUGAGAUGGGUCAACCUCCUAUCGUCGCCGCUGUACCUGACCAACUCGACACGUCCAGCCCUGUUACUAGCAGAACGCCUAUUCUUCCAACCAAUGAGCCAGUGGCGUCUGCUCCGGCCAGUGUCGCACCUUCGUCCGCAGAGAUCACAUCUACAUCAGCACCAGUAACAGCAACACCAACAACAGAAACAGACGAAGUCAAGGCUAAAAAAGCAGAGUUACAAAAGCAAUUAGAAUCUGUGCGUAAAGAGCGUGCGGAGCGUGAAAAAAACGAAGCCAAAGCGCGUGAGAUUAAACGACGUGAGGAAGCAAAACUGAUGCAAGAAGCAAGACAGAGUCGAGUGGAUCAGGAAAACAAAAUUUAUUUUGAAAAGAUUAAGAAGGAGAAAUUACAAGAUGAGGCGCAUCGAAAGAAAGUACGUGAACAAAUAGCAACGGAUCGUGCAGAAAAGAUGGCUUCACAGAGAAGAGAAAGAGAACGCUCUUCUUUACCCCAUCUUCAACAGCAAGAAGUACAUUCCAACAGUGGCAACAGUAGCAAUAGUGAAUUUAGUAAUUUAAAUAUUCGUCAGUUGAAUGGUACUAACCUCCGCAAUAAGUUUGAAGCCACAACUACCUUAUCUCAUGUAAAGGAUUGGAUUAGUCAGAAUCGUACCGAUGACCGUAAACCAUUCAAACUUUCAUCCCAAUUCCCUACACGUGCAUUCACCGACGAAGACAACGAUACAACUUUAAGAGAUCUCGAUCUUUGUCCUAGUGCAACCAUCAUUAUGAAACCUCUCAAAAAAUCCUCCUCAUUAGCUCUUCAUAACAGAGUCGGUAUCAUGAAACAUGCCGUGAACGCAUUCGAUAUCGUGUACGGGUUCUUGAUCGCUUUGAUUAAUAUGUUGACUGGUAUUUUCACCUCUUUAUUCACAAACACACCUCGUGUUGCUCAACAACAACAGAAUCAACAACAACAGCCUUUUGUUCGUAGUUUAAGAGGAGGUCAAAGGUUAGGCGGAGAACCUGUAAAUGAUAAAGGGGAAUCUUCAUCUACAGAUCCAACGGUUAAAAAGCGUAAUCCCUAUGCUACACGUGUAAAUACGCUUCAUGAGGACGAUGAUGAUGAGGAUAAAAGAUCCACAUAUAAUGGAAACUCUGUUAAUCACGAAUAA